UAAUUGUAUGCAAGAUUAACGAGAAUCUGAAGAUCAUCCAACCAGAACAGGAUAGAUUAAGAUGAUUAAUGACUCCUACGACAAAAGUGAGAAUUACGAAUCGAGUACAUACUACAGUAUCGCAAAUAACAAUACAUUGAAAUUACAAAUCACAAACCACAAUAACAACAGUAUAUUUGGUAACACAACAUGGGCAGACGACGACUUUUGCGCACCGGCGUCACCUGACAGUUUCCUUUCGACCACAACCUUCCAACUGUGCGUGUUGUUCAUGUACUGCACAGUGUUUAUAGUUGCUCUAAUUGGAAACGGUUUAGUGUGUUUCAUCGUGCAAGCGUCGCCGCGAAUGAAGACAGUGACAAACUAUUUCAUAAUGAAUCUAGCUAUUGGUGACAUUCUGAUGACUAUUUUCUGUGUACCGUUCUCUUUUAUAUCAAUGUUACUGUUAAGGUAUUGGCCGUUUGGCAUUGUUAUGUGUAAAAUUGUGAACUAUUCGCAAGCAGUGUCAGUGUUGGUUAGUGCGUAUACGUUAUUGGCCAUAUCUGUUGACCGAUACAUGGCCAUCAUGAGGCCGUUGAAACCUCGGAUAGGCAAGACUGCGGCCAAAGUGGUAGUGGCUGCGGUAUGGGGAGGAGCUCUAUCAACGGCUCUCCCAAUAUUUAUCGUCUCUCAGAUCGUGAGGCCAACGGAGUGGCAUCAGUAUUGCAAGACGGACAUCUGCCUCGAACAAUGGGGUCGUCCGGAGCAGAACCACCAUUACUCGUGCGCACUGAUGGUGCUGCAGUUCGGUCUGCCGCUCACUGCGCUGGUGUACACGUACGCGCGGAUAGCGCACGUGGUGUGGGGCGGGCGGCCGCCGGGCGAGGCGCAGACGGCUCGAGAUAUGCGCAUCCAGCAUUCUAAACGAAAGAUGAUCAAAAUGAUGGUGACCGUUGUGGUUGUGUUUACAGUAUGCUGGCUCCCGCUUAAUAUAUUUAUUAUACUCUGGACGAUCCACGAAAAGGAUGAAGACUGGGCUAUGUGGGCUGGCAUGCCUUACGUGUGGUUCAUCAGCCACUGGCUCGCGAUGUCACAUUGCUGCUACAAUCCCAUCAUCUAUUGCUACAUGAACACAAAAUAUCGUAGAGGUUUUCAACAGGCGUUAGAAAACAUGCUGCCGACCCGGUUUGACCAACCGUCGCGCUCUCACCGGCGGUCCAGCUUGUGUGACGUUGAUGGUGUUCCUAUGUCAGAGAUGGUCGGUGUGAACGGCAUCGUCCGUCGCGGCACCAGCAGCAGCAGCGGCAGUCGCCGCCAUCGCCCGACGUGCACUUCGACGACGUCUACGCGUCGCGCGUACGCUUGCAACUCUGCACGCUCCUCCGCCGCGCUGCCGGUGCGAGCGCUGUCGGUGCGGUCGCAGUUCCAUUGAGUGCUUCAAACUAAGCCUUGGAAAAACAUUAAGGCUUUUUUGAUUGUGUUAAUGAUAUGUGACGGACGGAGAAGAGUUUAAUGCUCUUGUGAAUUUUGUCGUUUAGAGCUAAAACUCUGCAGUGACGGUGUUACAUUUAAUCUACUUAGAGAUGGUCGGUGUGAACGGUAUCGUCCAUCGCGGCCAGCCAUUAAAACUCGAUUUCAAAGUAUAGUUGACUUAAUACUGUGUUGUUUUGAGUUGAAACAGUGAGUGCGACUCUGCAGCAGCGCGACUUUAUUAAUUAUUUUACAUAACACACACACACGCGCACAUGUACACACGUAUAUGUAAAUAGGUAUAGAAGAGAGUAAUCCCCAAGUCACAAGUAGUUCGGGUAGGUAAUUUUCAAAAAGAUAAAUUCAUUUCAUGAAAUAUAGGCUUUUACGUCAUCAACCCAUAUUCGGCUCACUGCUGAGCUCGAGUCUCCUCUCAGAAUGAGAGGGGUUAGGCCAAUAGUCCACCACGCUGGCCCAAUGCGGAUUGGCAGACUUCACACACGCAGAGAAUUAAGACAAUUCUCUGGUAUGUAGGUUCCUUCACCGAUUGAGACACGUGAUAUUUAAUUUCUUAAAAUGCACAUAACUGAAAAGUUGGAGGUGCAUGCCCCGGGCCGGAUUCGAACCCACACCCUCCGGAAUCGGAGGCAGAACUCAUAUCCACUGGGCUAUCACGUCUUAUAUACGGCUAUAGGCAUUUAUGCUUGAUGGAAACCAGUAAUGCGAUCUAAGAUUGCAUGUGCUUGUUUAGUAGAUGCCCGUUCAAGAGAUACAUCUACUCAUACUAAGGUGUUCAAACUGUAGAAGGCCGGAAGAGCCAUUUCUACUGUUGCUGUGCGAAUAGGGAUGAUGACUAGGUUUAAAUAUAUUGAUUUUUAUGAGACAUUCGGGUACCUAAGGUCAACAUUAACUAAUUAAUAUGUAAAUAAGAUUGUAUGUAUAAAUAAAUAAGAUUACAAAAAUU